AUGCAUUCGCCUCCGUCCAAGUGCACAACCCCUUCACGUGAAGAUGCCGUCACAUGUCGACUCCCAAAACGAUGAAAGAGCUGCAAAGCGAAGAAAAGUGCGCAAAGGAACUCAGAGUUGCUGGGAAUGCAAGAAGCGGAAAGUUCGAUGCACAUGGGCGUUGCUUACCAACUCAACGUGCGAUAAUUGUCUACGAAGGAAAACAAAAUGCGUCAGUCAGGAGUUCGCGGAUGAUUCACCUGCGAGUACCAGAGUGACCGAUGGAGGAGUAGAAGAUCGGUUAAGCCGAGUCGAGAAUCUGCUUGAGCGCCUGGUCAACGGCACGGCCUACGCAGGUCGGGACGCGUUGGGAAGUCGCCUCGAUACUGCAGUGAUGAACGGUUUGAGCAACUUGGUUGACUAUGCAAGAAACGUUGACAUUACCCCAUCCACUUCCCCAGAAGCUACAUCGGCACUCACGAGUCCACCACAAAAUUCAGAACCAUUGCAUAGCAAUCUUUACACUGGAAUAUCUGGAAAUCUCGUGGCAGCAUGGCCUAAUAGUCAAGACCUCGACUACAUUUGCAAACUCCCAGUUGGCCUCUCAACACACUUGCACAUCAAACUGACCUCAUCUUCGGCCAAAGUCAUGAGCCAAGUACCGAAAAGCCCUCGGGAAAUGUUGCAGUUACCACCACCGGGAUCGCAUCCGGUGCUAAUAGCCCGGAAGCUUCUUUUGUUAAGCAGUCUAUUGCAGGGUGCGCUAUCAGCAGGCCAAAUCCCACAAGAUCAGCAUGGACAUUUCAGUGAAGUCAUGUCUCAUGCAAUGGAUGCAGCAGUGAGAGUUGUGACUUCCAACGACAAGCUGACCGCCUCUGUCGAAGGUAUCGAGUGUAUCAUGAUCGAAGCUAUGAUCCAGAACUACGCUGGCGACCUCCACUGUGCAUGGAUGACUGCACGCCGGGCGUCUGCUGUUGCACAGAUGUUGGGUUUGCAUCGUGGCAGCUCAAAGCCAUCUACUUUCAAAGUCCUGGUUCCAGAAACGAGUUCAGGGUUCGAUCCAGAUCAAUUUUGUUGUCGCAUUAUCGAAAUGGACCGCUAUCUGUCGUUGACGCUGGGACUGCCGCAAUCUUCACUGGAGACUCGUGGGUUUGGUGCUGAAGCAAUGGCGGCAUGUCAUCCACUUGAUCGCAUCGCUCGUCUGCAGUGCAUAAUCGCGGAUCGCAUUCUGUCACGUCGAGUGGGGGGACCCAACAAGAAGAAAAGCGAGAAUAUCCAGCAUAUUGACGAAAUGCUAAAGGAGGCGGCUGCACUCAUGCCAUCGCAGUGGUGGCUGACUCCGGACUUGGACGCCAACAACUUGACAGCACCGAACCCUCUACCAGAAGUCGCUCGUGCAAUGUAUCAGUUUUCUCAUUUCCAUCUAGUCUUACGGUUGCAUUUACCGUAUGUUCUUCGCUCGUCAGGGAACAGCAUGUGCGAGCACAGCAAAGCCACUGCUAUUCAUUCUGCUCGCGAAAUCAUGUCUCGAUACAUCGCCUUCCGCAAGUGGAAUACUGGAAUUUACUACUGCCGUGGAGUAGACUACCUCUCUUUCAUAGCCCUUAUAGUACUGUGUCUGGUGCACAUUGAUGCGCGUAAUCAACCGAUGGCCCAGCACGAAGUAGUUCUCGAUCACAGCCGUCCGAGUGACCGCGCGAUGAUGGAACGAACAGUCGGCAUACUACGAAUCAUGGAAGACGAUGCGAUCGCAACGAAACUCUCUCGUAUUAUGGAAUACCUUCUUCAGGUGGAAGCAGCAUCAGCCAGCGGAAUUGGCUACAAUACUUCCACUAGCGAGGUUGAUGAGGGGCUAGCAACAGAGUGUGACGGUCGGUUUGUGGAUGAGGAGAACGGCGUGCUGCAGCUCCAGAUACCAUAUUUUGGUACCAUCACUCUUCAGCGUGGGUUGGCUCCGUCUACCGUGACAGCUGCGGGGAUUCUAUCUACCCAAGCAUGUGAGCAUACACAGCCAUCACUUACAGCGUGGGACAAUCAAUGGUCAUUACUCGAUUCAUCAGAACAUAUGGGUGAACUUGACGAUUGGACACUGCAGAGCAUCAACGAAGGCCUUUUUGGGGAUUUACUCGGGUUUGGAAGUACAGAUCAGGGCCCUGAGCCAGUUUUGGAUGAGUCGUUCAUUCACAUUCCUUCCAGCCUUGAGAUGGGAGAGUAGAGUGGAAGGCGCAAGGGUGAAGGCGUCUUCAUCGCAAAUAGGCCUAGCGCGUCGCGCAAGGAAGGAGCUCUCAUAUCUGUCGAAGGGUAAAACGCGGCAUCUUUGAAAGUGACAUGUUAAGAUGUGGAUUUCAUGGUCAGCUAUAGACUUGAAGGAUGGUGUAUGU